AUGUCAGCGGAACCCGUCUCAAAAGCGACUCUAUCAGCUGAAGAAGCUCGACAUUCACGAAGUCAGCAGUGGGUCUCUAUUCUAUGGAAGGAUAUCAGGGUUAGUACCAAGAAAGGUCGUCUAAUACUAAGCGGUGUCAGUGGAAUUGCACUACCAGGCGAGGUGAUAGCCAUCAUGGGAGCCAGCGCAGCAGGGAAAACAACGUUACUGAACACUCUGUUACACCGCAAUCUCCAAGGCCUUACCGUAGAGGGAGACGUUCUGGUUAACGGGCAAAAAAUUGGAAGUGCUGUAACAAGCGUGUCGGCUUAUGUGCAACAAGAAGAUCUUUUUGUCGGGACUCUUACAGUACGAGAACAUUUGAUGAUUAUGGCCAUGUUAAAACUCCCUUCAUCCUUCUCAAGUUCUAUGAGAGCAGCAAGAGUUGAGCAGGUAAUGAAGGACAUGUUACUUGAGGGAGCACAAUCUUCCCGCAUUGGCGUUCCGGGCAUCAUAAAAGGCAUAUCAGGUGGUGAGAUGAAAAGACUAGCGUUCGCCUCUAAGAUGCUUAGCAACCCACCUUUGUUGUUUUGUGAUGAGCCGACAACUGGUCUGGAUUCACACAUGGCCCAAGUGGUUGUGAAGAGGCUCGAAUCGUUGUCUGAGAGAGGCAAGACAAUAUUGUGCACGAUAAACCAACCGUCUUCGGAACUCUUUGAGUUAUUUCACAAAGUAGUUUUCUUGGCACAGGGACGCGUAGCCUUCCAUGGAACUCCGGACGAAGCGGUCACAUUCUUUGCUAAAUGUGGAAGUGUUCUUCCGGAUCACACUAACCCAGCUGAUCACUUCAUAGACGCUCUUGCAAUAUGGCCAGAUAAUGCAGAAGAAUGCAGGGCAAAAACGAACGAAAUUUGUAACGAGUUCGUUCUAUCACCAUAUGCAGAUCGUAUAGAGGCCCAAAUAACUGCUGCCAGUAAGAGAAGGACUCUGAGGCCCCACCAAGGCCCACACUUUCUGCGGCUUGUUUCGGGACUUUUUCUUCGACAUAUCAAAGAUAAUAUUCGCAACAAGUCAGUGAUGAGAGCGAAAUUUGUGCAGAAGAUCUUUAUGGCGCUGUUUCUGGGUUCACUAUAUUUCCAGACACAGGCAGACCAGGACGGGGUGACCAAUUUGAAAGGAAUUUUGUUCUUCUUCUGUUCUGAGCUCACAUAUCCAACUAUUUAUGGUAUACAAACAUAUAUGCCCGGCGAAUUUCCGCUAGUUGUUAGAGAAUACCAUGACGGAUGUUACCCUGUACUGGCCUACUACAUAGCUAAGGUGCUCUCUUAUAUGCCAAUCUUUUCUCUUGAUGGAAUGAUCUUACUAACAGUUGCUUACUGGAUGAUAGGACUCGCAGCUACUAGCGGUCGAUUCAUCCGAACGCUCAUCACCGGAGCUCUCGUUGAAGCCAUGGUGGCGAGCUUAGGAAUUGCCGUAUGCUCGAUUUCACCCUCGUAUGCCGUUGCAGUCACAAUAACGGGACCACUUUUGACUAUUUAUUCAAUGACCGGAGGACUUUUCACUAAUGUGGCCAUGAUUCCUGAAUGGAUACGAUGGGUACAGUAUCUGUCAUGGUUUCGAUUUGGAUACGAAUCAUUUAUCAUAAAUGAGUGGACCUAUGAAAAAUACAAUAACAUUACUUGCAAAGUUGCAGGUGACAGGGUAGCUGAGUCAUGCGAACGUAGUGGAAGCGAGGUUAUUGAGAAUCUUAAUUUCCACCCUUCUAACAUUUAUUUUAACUGGUGGUGCAUGCUUAUUUACACUUUGGCCAACUAUUGCAUCGGAUACAUCGCAUUGAUAGCACGAGCUGCGAGUGACCACGCACCUCACGGAGGCGCAGAUCGAGACGCGACACGGCUUUGCGGCGCGUUUCAUUUUCAACUCGGGAGCUCAGUCGACGUUUUGUUCUUUCCGUACCGUAAGCGAGUUAUCCAGGCCUUCAAACCGGUCGUGUACGUAAAGAAAUCUGCGGUCGUAAAAGCCAUGGAAGUGCGAUCGGCUUCUAAUCCAACCUCUACUAGUGGUUCACCCAUAACAAAUGCAGGCGACGAAAUACAAGAGAAUCUGGUGAAGCCUGACAUGAGCGGCGCCCCUUCUUCAGCUCGGCCUUUGAGUGCUCCAACACCUAUUCGCAUAAUGUCAACGAUCAACCACUCUCGAGAAGCUCCACAACCUCACCGUCUUCCGCCCGGUAUUCGAGUUGUUCGUGGAUCAUCCUCCACAUCCACAGUUGCUGGAGUUCGUUCCCCUACCCAUCAUGUUCGCACAGUGUUGGGAACCGGUGCGUCCCAUCCUGGACGUAUGGUAAGCUCUGGCUCAACAUCUCCAGGAAGCAUUCGAUCCACUCCAAUAAGGACAGUGGUUGGUGCGGGACAAGGCAUGCGGGUAAUGCAGCAAGGAGGUCGCACUUUGAUAGCUGUCCCAAGUGGUUCUCGUCUAGCUGCUACAUUAUCAUCUGUCGCAGCUCGAGCUGCACCUGUAGAGCUCACCACGACCGCUAACAACGUUCCAGCUUUAUCCGUUAUAGAUGUGAAUCGACCGAAGUCCGGCGAAAAAUUAACUUGUGAAGGGGAAGUCUCGGAGGAAUCUAUGAAUACCGACAUACAAAACAAUUCUGUAGAGAUCCAUUGUGAAGAUGUGGAACCUACAGAUGUAGUUGAAGAUUCUGAAUGCAUCGCUGGAGUGGAUGAAUCUGAGGCAUCAAGCUCUCGGCAGGAAGAGCGAUCUCUGAUGCUUUCUGAGUCGACUCCUGGUUCGGAGCAGAAGGUUAGUGGAGUUUUAUCAGGCAGUGGAAUGGUUACGCGAAGGAUGGCGCGUGAAACUAACAACUGCACAACUCCAUCAGUUGGCCCUAACCAACCUGUGGACGCAAUGGACAUUGCAUCGUGCUCUAGGAUGGAUCUUCCAAUGCCCCAUUCACGACGUCGAGCUGCGAAAAGGCCAAAAUACUCGCUUUCAACGGGUGAACUGGUUCGAGCGCAGUAUAUUCUUCCUCCCGAUCAGUUACCACGCCGAGUAAACGUACCUCGUGAAGAGAAUCCAUUGAGCAUAACGGAGCAAGCCCGACUGUCUCGAAGACCAAUUGUUGUUCAUUCGUCUGGUGUCGAAUUCCCCAUUCCCAUGUCUCUUGAAGCACAUCCGAUGAAACUUGAUGACAUAGCACCUGAAAAUCCACGCGAAGACAUAUUACGAGAUGAUGACGGCGUGCCUUAUUGCUUUCUCUGUCAUUCUGUUCUGAAAACGUGGCAAGGCUACGAGUAUCAUAUUAUGGCUGUACAUCUGAAGUACCGUCCAUACCGAUGUAUGUAUUGCAUGAAGGAAUAUUUCUAUACUGAAGAGGAAGGCCUGAGUCACGUGCGAUCUCAACAUCAUGGAAAAACUGUAACGUUACUGCGCGAAUAUCACGACGAUAAGGAAAAACAACUUGAAGAUGCAUUCUGCGCUCUGUUUAUGGCUGUUCGCGAAGGGCCAAAUUUCACGGCGGAGAGAGCAGCGGCUAUUGAAAAGGCGGCAUAUAUGCAUCUUCAAAAAUUCAAAAGAAUGCGGAUGAAAGUCCCCGAAUUCGCAACACGGGCGAAGGUCAUGCGAGACUUCGCCUCACAAACUUUCGCUACGAUGUCCUCUCCACAAUCAUUGAUUCCGUCAAUGAAGUACAUGUCGCAACCUCGACAUCAUUAUGAGCACCUGCAACACCACCUGGAACCGCUUCAACAUCCACAGAUUUCUAUACCGAUGAAAGUUAUGGAAGUGGAUCAUCCUGAAGGCCAGCAAAGAUUCGUUCGAAUGAGUAAUGGGGAAUUGGCUGAACUGAACGAUCGUUAUGUCAUAGAGGGAGAAGAAGAAGACCCUGUGGGAGAGUAUAUUGAAGUGGACUAUGUGGAUGAAAUAAUCGAAGAGGAGGUCGAACCUGUGAGGGUUGAUCAGGAAGAAGUGGACCAUUUAUCGCAUACUGAUACUCGGCAUGAAAUCGAACAUGAAUACUAG